GCGCUCUGCGGCCGAACUGACGCUGCUGCACGUCAAAUUAGCUGGCUGCAGUCUUUCAGGGACACCUCUUGCGGACCGCCGGAGCCCACAGUGCAAUAAAUAUGGCUUCAGAGCUAACCACUUCCAUAAACAUCAAGGAGCCCCGGUGGGACCAGAGCACGUUUGUAGGUCGGGCGAAGCAUUUCUUCACUGUCACGGACCCCAGGAACAUUCUCCUCACCAACGAACAACUGGCCCAUGCACACGCAGUCGUCACUGACUACAGGAAAGGAAUUGUCUGCCCAGGACUGACAGAAGAUGAACUCUGGAGAGCAAAAUAUGUUUUCGAUUCGGCUUUCCAUCCCGAUACUGGGGAGAAGAUGAUCCUGAUUGGACGCAUGUCAGCGCAGGUUCCAAUGAACAUGACGAUCACUGGAUGCAUGAUGACAUUUUACAAGACAACUCCAGCGGUGUUGCUCUGGCAGUGGAUCAAUCAGUCUUUCAACGCAAUAGUCAAUUACACCAACAGGAGCGGUGAUGCUCCAAUCACGGUCAGUCAGCUUGGCACGGCUUAUGUGUCCGCCACCACAGGGGCAGUUGCCACCGCUCUCGGACUGAACGCACUAACAAAGCACAUCUCACCUCUGAUUGGACGGUUUGUUCCAUUUGCUGCUGUUGCUGCUGCUAACUGUAUCAACAUCCCUCUGAUGAGACAAAGAGAACUUCAACACGGCAUUCCCAUAACAGAUGAGAAUGACAACAGGUUAGGAGAGUCGCCGAAAGCUGCACAGCAGGCUAUCUCUCAGGUUGUGGUCUCCAGAAUCCUCAUGGCUUCUCCAGGAAUGGCUAUCCCUCCAUUUUUAAUGAACCAUUUGGAAAAGAAGGCCUUCCUGAGGAAGUUCCCAUGGAUGAGUGCACCUAUUCAAGUUGGCCUGGUGGGAUUCUGCCUGGUGUUUGCCACUCCACUGUGCUGCGCAUUGUUCCCUCAGAAGAGCUCCAUGUCAGUCAGCCGCCUGGAGCCGGAGCUGCAGGAGAAAAUCCGGGCCAACCACCCAGGAGUGGAGAGGGUCUACUUCAACAAAGGGCUAUGAGUGUGCAGCCCACUCAUCCAAACACUGCCAUAACACAGCUGCAGGCUCAGUCCCCUCUCUGCCAGCCCUCCUCAUUCAGUGUGCCAAAGUUAAGUUUGUGUGUCCUCACUUCCACCAUUCAGAUGGCUAUCUGGGGACUCCCUCUCUUUCUAAUAACAUGUUUGCUUUUGUCAAUGUGAUUGUUGAUUUUGUUGUAACUGCGAGAGAAGAUUUUCUCCGACUGGGCCGGGUAAAGUGUCUGAUGUUCAUCACGGCCAAUGCUCUACAGUGGGCAGUGUAAGAUUGGUUGAAGUGGACAUUCUUUCUGUACGGUACUUUUGGUACUUUUGGUACUUGUUGGUGACUUGUUGGUGACUUGUCGAUCGUAUCUCGCCGCCAAACCAUUUCAUACUCUCCUACCUGAGGUUGGCAGUCAUCUUAUUUCUUUCCGGCAUUAUAAUUUAUCAUAAUCUCAUUUUAACAUUGAUUAUACAAAGACCUCUGCAGUUCAUGCUUAUGCCAAAUUUCAUCAACAAUCACAACCUCGUCCUCACGCGUGUCAUUUCAAAGAAUGGCAUUCACUUAAACUCACUUUAAUUCAGUUUAUUUUGCCAAAUGAGUGACAUCCAGUGAGCCGUGAGGCGUCUUGACAUCUAAACAUGAAUCUGAAAGCUAAACAACUCUCCAGGGACCCACCCUAUAAAAUGUGAUGCUAUAAUGGCGGCAACCAUUGAUGGGCCAACACGGUGCUAUUUUAUGUCUAAAAUAAUCAGUGUUUAUCAUAAUAUUUAUUCUGCUUGCCAAACAUGCAUGAACAAACCACUCAUGAUUCAACCUCUGUGAAAAAUAUGUUUCUGUAUAUUUAGUCACUCCGAGGCCACAAUCAGGAGAGCUGAACGGUGGUGACAAAAUGUGUAAGUAAUGAUAAACACACUGGUUCUCAAUUACCAAAUCCAUAAUCUCCAAUCGUAGAUCCAGGAUUUUGUGAUCAUAGUAUUUGAUACCAUCAAAAUCAUGCUUUUCACAGACUUGUAUGGUAUCUAUCUUCUGUACCUCAAUGCAGCAUCCUAAGAGGUUUGAUUAUUACUGCACAAAGUGACACAUUUUAGAUUUAGGUGACAGUGUUAUCAUAUUGUUUUUGAUGUAUUGUGAUACAUGUUAGAUAUGGAUGUCUGUAUUGGGGAAAAAAUGCCCAAAAACAAUUUCAAGAGUGUUUUUUUUUCAAGGCAACGAAAUCCAAGCAAUCCAUCGAAACAAUAUGUGUUUUAAAUGUGACUAUUGUCAUUAUGAACUCAACUCUGUGGACUCAUCAUACAGGAUAUCUCUGACCUCAACCUGGUCAGUUCCCAGUUACAAUUGUGCAUCAUUAAUAACUCCCUGCUCAUUACAUUUGGCUGUUAAAGUGAGAAACCUUAGAAAUGACAUCCAGUGACAUCAGCACACAGUCAGAGAGAAAAAGCAGACGCAGUCUGAUGUUGUAACUUCUGUCUGUACCGGUCCUGCAGUCGUCAGUAUUCAGACGAUGACGGACACCGUCGGUCAGACUGUGCUGUGCGGGUCUGCAUUGAUUGCAUUUGUGUGCCACAUUUACAGGAGAUUUAUCAAUAGACAUUAAAAUCAGGGAUUAGAGUGAAAAAGAUGGACUUGAAGCCACAAAACCUACAAGCAGUAUUUAGCAAACCUAUCCUAAUUUUGAAACUUUAAGAAGGAUUUUGUAUUUGAAACACAUCAAAGUCUAAACAAUAUGAUUUCAUUGCAUCUUUUGCUCAUCAUGUGGUGUAAUUUCUGUAAGGUGUUUAAUGUUUAGAAUACUGUAAAUCUACUUACAUAUAUUGCUGUAAAAGUAACUUUAUUUUAGAUCGUCAUUGUGUCCAGAGAUGAAGUUUGAUAUUUGGUGUUAAAGGUAACUGAUUGUAGCAUUUUCCAAUUUCAGCUGUUUUGGUGUGUUAGUCCAGAAAAGCACAAUAAUUCAACAUAUUUCAAAUGCUGCACAUUUUAAAAACGUGUUAAAUCUGUUCAGUUUCUUGACUGCAAUACUUUUCAGUACAUCCAAGAAAAGACGAUAAAUAUUAAACUUCCCUUUUGGUACACUAUUUACGAGUGUCCCUUAACCUCUGACCGCAGCCGAUGAGACCCAAAUUCCCUUUAACGUGUUCAAAAAUAUGAAAUGAACUACCUAAUAAAUAACUUGUUAACAAUCUCCUACCUACCAAAUGAGAUGAAAUGUCUCUACAGCCAAAGCGAUACACAUCGACUCGAGAGAAAGAAGCAAUUCAGUUUGCAUUCAUAGCAAUGAAUAUUUUUAAAAAUAUAACAGAAAUACGGUAUUUGUUUUGCAGUACACUGGGGUGAUGUGAUGUUUAGACUAACUGGAAGAAAUAAAGUUGAUGAAAUCUGGAGUUUGUUGAUUAUGUUCAACUGCAGCUCCAAAGCGCCAUCUUCUGGUUCAAAGUGGACGCAACCGAGUGACGUUAUAAAAGUGUUUUUUAUUCCAAGGCACAUAAUGUACAGAAGAACUAUGAAAAACAGAAAACUUGCUCAAUUUGACGGCACACAGAUCUGAAGCCCUACGACGGACGUCUUUACACAAUGCACACUAACAAUUGCACACGGAGCGCUUUGACAGCUACAGAACUUAAUGCAUCAUGGGAAAGCGGCAGGACGAAGUGAUGGCUCCUUUUAUCAUCCGAAACAAUUACUAGAGGGGUUCAGACAAAUAUUACAGGAAUAGCUGGACUGUACUGAUUAUCUCCUGAGUUGACAGUCAAUAAAGUAAUGCAGAACAUCUUUGUUAUACU